AUGCCCGGCUCCUCGCCAUCGCUAGAGUCCCUCAGCUCCCCCUCCCCCUCUCCCGCACCCCCGCCCCACGACGAUCCAGAGACCCACGACGACCAACACGCCGCCCUUGACAGUGGCUCAGAGCUUUCCGAGCUCACGGAGGACGAACAAGACGACGCCCGCGAGGACGAUGUUCGCACUACCUCGCGGACCAAGAAGAGGCCACGCGACCGCAUAGUACCCCAGCCGAUGUGGGAUUGGGCCAUGAAGAAGAAGCCAGAGAAGAAGGACAAGCCGGAUGUGCGCGACGAGCUGCUAGAGGAGGAGGAAGAGGAAGAGCAAGCCGGCCCCGCGAAGGCCAUGGAAGAAGAAGAAGACGACGAUCAAGACAAGGGCUUCCUCUCCGAUCGUGAGCUCACCCCAGACCCCGACAAGGACGAUCCCCUCACCGACAACGAGGUCGACGUCAACGGCGACGACGACCAGCUCGACGAAGGGAGCGAAUACAUCGAUGAACCACUAUCCCCUCACCCUCAGACGGACCUCAAUGGUGAUGUCUCUGCCGAUGAAGGCGAAGAGCCCGAGGAAGGCGAGCUCGACGAGGCGGACGAGCCCACUGCUCUCGCUUCCCCCCAAGCGGUGGCGUCGCCUGACCUCACCGACGAAGAGAACGAGAACGUUGCUGAAGAUGAACCUGAAGAACCCUUGGACGACCAGCAGGCCGUAAAAGACGACGAAGACAUGAUGGAAGACGAGGAAGACGCGGUCCCCGAUGACGUCGACAUCCCCGACGUUGACGAGCCACCUACCGCCGAGGCUGUCACUCCCGCCGAAGGCAUCCUGGACGCGGUGGACGCGGAUCCCGACGCGACCAUGGAUGUCGAUGAGGCUCCCGCGGUGCUCUUGUCCCCUGUCGCCGUCGCCGUGUCGUCCAUCAUGGCCGGCGCGAGCCUUAUCCAGCCCCCUUCCCUCGGCUCCUCUCAAGCCUCUUCUCGAUCCGGCUCGCGCGCCUCAUCCGCGGAGCCCGAGCCCGAACCAGAGGUCGCGUCCGAGCCAGAAGUUGAACCCGAGCCGGAGCGCAAGCCUGCCCGCAACGUGAGGACCAGGAAGGGCAAGGGUGGCCGCACGCGCGCGCCGCGACGUCCUCGCGGCGCGGUCCCAGCCGAGCUCGCGGAGAACGAUGUCGAUGGCGAACAGGCAGACAUGCACGAUGCGGAUGGCCUAGACGCGGACGAUAUGGACGUGGCCACUCCAGACAUGGACCUGGAUUCGGAUAUGCAACCCGCUCAUCGCGCCGAAGCUCUGGACGUCCUCGCUCAAAUUGAACUCAGGUUCGCGCUUCUUCGGGAGCGACUGUACGUGGAGAAGAUGGAGUCAUUGGCGUGGGAGGAGGGUCUUAUUGUUGAGGGUACCCACCCGGAACUACUUCACCUCCAUACGGAAUUGGACAGUCGACGAGACAAGCGUAUGGAACUCGCCUCUCGUAGACGAGACUUUGAGAUUGCGAAUGCAGCGAAGAGGCGUAAACUGGACGAAACUGGAGCAUGGACGUCAUGGAGGUAUGAGCGCGAUCAGCUGCAAAAGCAAAUGAUUUCGGAGACUAAUGGGAAGAAACGUGAGCUGGAGCGUCAGCGACGCGCUAUGGAGCGGCCCCCCACAGCUCGGGUGUUUCCUCAACCCCAGCUCGACGUUCCCCUCGCUCCAUCUCUACGAGACAUCAUCAAAUCCAGUCCGUUCAGCCUUCCCGACGCGGCACUACCUCUUGGCAGGCGUCAUCGCAAGAGGGGCAUUCCUCCGAACGUUCCCCUGGUCUAUCCUACCCUCUCCGAGCUCUCGCGUACCGAGGUCAUGCAAGAUUUGGAACUGAUCAUGAGCCACCGCAAUCACAUGGUCUACAAUCCUCACCGCAGUGGUCCAGAGCUCAUGAGCAACGUGCUCGGCGGAGGAGCGCCUUACGGGAUGGAUAUCCAUGCGAUGAACGUACAGAUUCACGACGGUCCCAACCGCUUUCCGCCGCCACACAUGCAGCAGCCCGGCAUAGGCUUCGGACCCCCAUCCCGCCUACCCCAUCACCACCCAGUUCCUCCUGGCGUUCUCUCGCACAUCCCUCAGAUGCAAAUGGAACAAGAGAUGAUGGCAAGUCGUCCACCACCAGUAGGUCCUGGGCAUCCUUCCCAGCAACAUUUCGGUCCAGGUCCUGGGCAGUCUACUCUUAUGCGGCGCUCAAUAUCCCCAGUCCCCCUGAGCAACGGCGCCGGUCCAAGCUCACUUGUGCCUACGACCAUCGGUGGUGGACCGGUCCCACCAGGAGGGACCGGGCUGAGCGUGAAAGGGAACGGGAACGGGAACGAGAAGAGCGAGCGUUUCACGCGCAUGGACGACAUGGCGGUCACCAGCACCCUCAUCCGCACGGACACGGAGGACAGUCGGUGGGCAGCGGUCACCACCACUCUGGGCAUGGCCAUACUCAUCAUCACCACCAUGUCCACCACCACCACGUCCAUCACCAGCACGGCCCCCCUGGGCUACCUCCUAAUACAAACGGAGGACCUAUUAGCCCGCACAGUGCACGCGAAUUCGAACAGCGUCGUCCGCGGUCGAGCGCUCCCACAGAAGUCAUCGACUUUGCUGCCCCAGGACACAAACCCGAAAUGUCAGCGUUUUGGAAGAAUGAGGACGGGUUUCCUCCCAACGCAGGCGACGCUCCACGACGAGAUCGCGACCGUAUUCGCGACCGAGAUUGGGAACGGGACGAAGGGAAAGCAACAGGUCCGUUGGGUCCGCCCCAACAUGAACGUUUGA